ACCCAAUUGGAUCGAUUUCGGUGGCGAGCGUUUUUUUAAAUCGUCAAUUUUAUUUGAUUUUAGUCGAGUGCAUUUUCCACCAGAAGAAAGUGAUUGUGGGUGGCUGGAGCAUUUUUGUGACACUGUCAUUGGUGUGGUCGAUGUUAAAAACAAUGACGAUCUACGGAAAGUUAGUGCAAAUAAUAAUAAUUUCGUGCUAACGUGAAGUUUUUGGAAAAAGAAAACCUGUUAGAGAUUGACCCAUGCAGACGGAGGCUGCGCGUGCAGAUAGAAAGACAGAAACGGAAUGACCUCGACACUGACCGGUACUAGCGACAUCCGGACUACCUCUUGAGACUGCAACAAUUACACACCUGGUUACACAAAAAAGAAUGACCCAUCGACAAACGUUGCACAAUCGAGCUAUUUUGAUCACCAACGGAGCCUCGGCCCUAUCGCAGGCUCUGUGCGAGCAGUUGAUCAAGGCGUACAAGUGUCGUGUGGCACUGGUCUCGGACGGCAGAUCGACGGUGACCAAACAGCGUCAGAAUGAGUCGGCGCAACUGUUCGUUUGUGAUGUUACCAACAGACAACAAGUGGCCGAACUUGCCGUAACAUUGGAGAAGCAUUUUGGACCCCUGGAUAUGGUGAUCCAUCAAGACUGUGCCAUGAGGAAUGGCAACUUUCCCGAACCUGAAGAACAUUACGUUAUUCAUACGUCAAAUGAUAUCUUGGCAUUUAUUAACCUUCUCACCAUUUUCGUCCCCCCAAUGCUCCGCGAUGGCCGCACAGGAGGAAGGUUUAUCACGGUGAAGAAUUCACCCGGCAGUGCGAAAGCUUUCACCGACAGUCAACCAGUAUACAACGAUCUCGUGCGGAGCAUUGUCCCCUCAUGCAAAGCUCCCGAAUCUAUUCGUUUGUCAACGAUCUUUUGCAACGGUAUCGAUCACAAGCUGACGCCCUUUGGUUUGAUGCUGGGCGAGCACGAAAUUGCACAACGAAUCCUAGAGGGUAUCGAAUCGGAACGAUCGAUUGCGCAGGUCAGCGUGAGGCGCAGUUGGCUCGAAUUCUGCUCCAUCAGUGCCAUCCAGUUGGCUGCGGUUGCGCUGGAAAAGCUCCAGCUGGGAGGGUCGGAAAAUUCCUAUUAAAGUACAAUUAAAGUAUAUGAUUCAACGUUGAAAUGGCCGUUUUUUCCGAAAAUUCUUACCUUGGGUAACCACUGGGUAAACUGUUCCCCUUGAGUAACGCGAAACAAUGAAAUAUCAUAGAAAGCACACUGUAUGAACCCUUGGAGGAUCAACGUGGAAGUCUCCUAAGUACUCAUCAAAUACCUAUUUUAUAACCAUGUUCCAGUUCAAACUAGAUUCUUCCAGUUUUUUCACUCGAUCCAGCCAAACAGUUAAACCCUAAAAUCAUCCAGUUUUUUUUUCAAAUAUCAUCCAGUUUUACCCAGUUUUUAUAUGUGUGCUUCAGUUUUACCCAUUUUAUUUGAAAUAAAUUCAAAAUGUAUAAACAA